GACUCGUGUAAACAGCUUAGCUCAGUGCACAUACAGCUCUGCAUGAGGAUUGGUUUCUGAAACUUGGAUUUAAACACUCUAACCAAAAGAUGUCUGGACCACCUCCUCCAGUGGUCCCUAGAAAGCCUUCAGGCGUCCGAGUCAUGAUAACUCCAGAGGAGCAGCUUCCUCCUGGUGGCCUGCCCACCUACACAGAUUUUAACAAAGAGAAAGGUGCCAGUGCGGAGCCAAAUGACACAUCUCUAUUGAAUGCAGAGAGAGAAGUGGAGAUUAUGAACCACUGUUUUGAUGAUGUGGAGCGAUUCAUGGUGCGCUUGCAGCAGACAGCCGAGGCCCAGAGUGUCCUCAACCAAAGGAAGAAGAAGAGCAGGAAGAGCAAGAAGAAGGAGAACCAAGAUGAUGAUUUGUUGACCAUGAAAGCCUGUCCUCCAUCAGAGGAAGAAUUCGUGGACCUCUUUCAGAAAAUCAAAUACUCCCUCAGUCUGCUGGACCGUCUCAAGUCAUCCAUCUCAGAGCCUGACGCGCCGGAGCUGCUGCAUCACGUCUUUGUGCCUCUUAGACUGAUGGUGAAAACCACUGGAGGGCCAGCAUUAGGUGCAACAGUUGUCAGUCCUGCUCUGACCACUGGUGCCGUUUCACUUCUCCAGGAGCAUCUAACUGAAGAGGAAAAAGAGCUCUGGGCUUCAUUAGGGCCUAACUGGACUUCACACUGUUCACAGCUUAGUGUGUCUGUUCCUCCAUACUCACCUGUCUUCCUGGAUGGAUGGAAGCCUCAUAUGUUUGACUCAAAUGGCCAGCCUUUGGAAGAUCCCAUCGAGUCACAACACAAACAGGAUGCCGUCAGAGAAAGCAGGGCGGCGCAAACUCUACAUGACCGAGCUCGACAGACAGCAGUGGGACCUGAAGGCACCGAUGAAGUAGAAGGAAAUGGGCUCCCACCAGAGGGUGAGAGACUUUUCUGCUGCAGUUAUGAUUUUGUGGCUAGAAACAGCAGUGAACUCUCAGUGCUUCAAGGAGAAACACUAGAGGUCAUUGAGUCAUCAAAGCGAUGGUGGAAGUGUCGGAAUCGCUUUGACCAGAUAGGAUUUGUUCCCUUUAACAUCUUGGAGCCUCUGUCAGCUCUGAAUAAUACUGGGAGAGAAAGCCCAGUGGCACGCAGAGAGUCAAAGAAGGUGCCUCUUACUCCUCAGUCAAAGUACUUCUCAUAUGCUCCGCCGAGCCCAGUUGGGACCAGUCCUACAGCUACAAGCCCAAAAAUGCGACCUCAGAGUAUGGUUUUACCAUCUACAGCAAUGCACGGAGAAGACGAUGACCGAGUGCUGAUAAUGAAUGAUGAGCUUCUUCAGCGGCUGGCUGGUAAAAGAAGCUCGGGCCGUCCUCUGGUGGUCCCCCGCACAGCUGACACUUCUAGUCCACUGAACUACCACUCACCGCCUGCCGAGGUGGAGGCCUGGCUCACUGCCAAGGGCUUCAGUCAGCAGACAGUCCAGAGUCUGGGCAUUUUAAAUGGAGCGCAGCUUUUUUCCCUGAAUAAGGAGGAGCUCCGCACUGUGUCACCGGAGGAAGGUGUAAGAGUUUACAGCCAAAUAAUGGUGCAGAAGGCCCUUCUCGAGGAUGUGCGCAAAGCCACAGAACUGGAGACGGUGAUGGAGAAGCAAAAGCUGAAGAUUGACCUGGAAUCAGAGAGUGAGGUGGUGUGAUAGAGCGAUCUAACAUCCACUGAUGCAGACGUGGCAUCAAAGAUCAGUGGACAUAAAUGUAAUAUUGCGUAUACAAGCUGUUAUAUCUCUCAUGUGCUACAGAUUCAUCAGCCAAAGCGAACUGUGUUUUGAUUUUUAAGACAGAGACUUUAACCUCCUUGCCAGAGUUGACUAAAAUUAUCCUUUUGUUUGGUUUUCAUCAUAUAUUUAACAAUGUGUAAGUAUUUCUACUAUCCACUGUUUAGCCAAUACCUGAAACAUGACAUUAACCACAAGAAAGCAAGUGCUACAAAUACGGACUAAGACUGCUUUUAGAGCUACAAGACCCAUGAAAUGAGCCUUCUGAUAAACAUGUUUAUGACUCCACAGAACAGUCAGCUGUUGAUUUACAGUUUUUAUUGCUUGCACAUCAACCUGUAUUAAAAGAAUGUUGCUUGUUGCAGCCGGAUGCUGUUAUUGACCAAAUAUAUCAUAAAUAUACAAUUUGAGACCCGACUUUUUCUUUGAUGUUCUCUGGAGACUAACAUAUUUAAUGAUUUUUCAUUGUAAUUCGGUGCAGAAUUACAAUGAAAAAUCAUUAAAUAUGUUUAUUAUGACAU